UUUAAUCCCAAGUUGCUUCCAGUUCCACCACCACUCGCUCCAGCUCCAACUCUAGCUUCAGCCAUGGCAUCGCCGACCACCAGCUCCUGCUUGCUCUUCCUCCUCGCGCUGCUCCUCCCCCACGCAGCGGUCGGAGUGCCGCGCAGGCACCGCUUCCCGCCGCUCCAGCUCGUCCCAGUCAACGCCUCGGAACCACCCACCACCUUCUUCGAGGUUGACCGCCCGAUCCGGCCGCCGGGCGGCAGCGUCGGGCCCUGCUCCACGCUGCUCCUCUCCGAUUCCUUCGGCUACACCUACGGCCUGCCUCCCUCCACCGCCGCCUACGCUCCGCCCAAGUGCCUCGCCGCCGCGCGCGCCCGGGGCGGGUCCGUCGCGCUCGCGGUGCUCGAGUGGAACGCCGACUGCCGCGGCCGCCAGUUCGACCGCAUCUUCGGCGUCUGGCUCUCCGGCGCCGAGCUCCUCCGCGGCUGCACCGCCGAGCCGCGACCCAACGGCGUCCACUGGUCGGUCUCCCGCGACAUCACCAGGUACGCUGCGCUUCUCUCCGAGCCCGCCGAGAUCGCGGUGUACCUGGGCAACAUCGUCGACCAAACUUACACCGGCGUCUACCACGCCAACCUGACACUCCACCUCUACUUUGACUCCGGGCCACCACCGCCGCAGCAUGCCGACCUGAUCCUGCCCAUCUCGAGAAGCCUACCUCUGGACGACGGGCAGUGGUUCUGCAUCCAGAGCUCCACCGAUGUGCAGUCCAAGAAGCUUGCCGUUCCGUCGAACACCUACAGGGCGGUCCUUGAGGCGUUCGUCUCGUUCCACGGCAGCGACGAGGACUGGUACGCCCACCCUCCCAACGAGUACAUUGAGGCAAACGACUUGUCCGGCUACCCUGGCAAUGGCGCCUUCCGCGAGGUCAUUGUUAAGGUCGAUGAAGACAUCGUCGGUGCUGUUUGGCCGUUCACCGUCAUCUACACCGGCGGCGUCAACCCGCUUCUGUGGCGGCCUAUCACCGGUGUUGGCUCAUUCAAUCUCCCAACGUAUGACAUUGACAUCACGCCGUUCCUGGGGAAGCUCUUGGACGGCGAGGAGCAUGAUUUUGGGUUUGGUGUGACCAAUGCGUUGGAUUUAUGGUACAUUGAUGCCAAUUUGCAUCUCUGGUUAGACCACAAGAGCAAGAAGACAACUGGGGGACUGAUAAGCUACAAUGCAGCGACGUCAGGACCCAGUGUGGAAUCGGAGUUCAGAGAGCUGGAUGGGCAGUUUGUGACUACUGCAAGCCGACAUGUCUCAGCCACCGGGUGGGUGGAAUCGUCACAUGGAAAGGUCAUGACAACAUUCAACCAGAGAUUCAGCUACAAAAACAGCAAUGUGUAUAGCAAGAACAGCACUGUCCAAGUGGUGAACCAAACGAUCGACACAACGUCCAGUGUUCUCACCACAAACGGCACUACGGUUCUGCAAUCGGAAGAAGUUCGCCAGGUGUUCCCACUCUAUCUUUUCACUGGAACCUCAGAUGAAGUGGGUGAUGAGUACUCAAUGGUUUCGGCAGUCAAGCUGGGCAUCAAUGAGAGGAGGGAAGGUUUCUCCAACAGCUCUCUGCAGAAUGCGCAGUCGGCACGCGGUAGCAUGAGGGUGAAGAAGAAUUUGGUGAUUUCUGGGACUGGGGAGAACCAUCAGGUGUAUAAGUACGUAGGUACCGAUGGAUGCUACUUAAGAGAUGUGAGCAGCAAGGACUACAAUAUCGUUUCCGACCACUCUGAUGAUUCAUGCUUGAAGAGAUCUCGAGAUAUACUCUCCAGAUCCCCCUCCGGGUUGCUUAGACGAUCUGUUGAUCAAACUGUACAGGUUGACAGCUGAGUCGCCCGUGAAAUCUGUAAUAAGGUUUGCAUAGACUAUCUUAUGCCUCAUUGUUGUAGGUUGAGAUGUUAAGAUUUUUUUGUUCAUUUUAUUAAAUACGAUGCUUGUGAUUACUAGGAACAUCAAUGGUACCAUUGUCAUUGUUAAUUUGGUUUACAAUCAUUCAUGUCAGUACUACUUAAUAGUCAAGCUUCAGACAUUAGUAUUACUUCACGUCAAAAUUCAGAUUUCACGAUCAUAACUUGAUUUAUGUUGUGGUAUCACGACAGUAGCAAUGCCGGUGGCUAAGAGAGGGUGUGGAGCCAAAAGAGCGAACGACUGGUUCCGGAUACGGGAUUGGGCAUAAGCACACGAGAUGACAUAUUUCUCAAGUUUCAUUUAAUGAUGUGUUCUUCUAGCCCACCGUGCUCUUAUAUUGAAGCUGACACAUUUUAACUGUCCAACGAAGGAGGACCUAUUCCUGCCUCCAGCCCACUGUGUUCUUCUAUAGCAACACCAAAAAUUUCUACAUCCAUAUCUGCUGGUAUUAUCCAUGCAAAGCUUGGGUGUUGGUUUCUGCUCUAGGUACAGGUCAGAAUGCUCUAGCCCUCCCUCUCUGUGCUUAUUUCGCUUGGUUUCUUCUUGGUAUAAUACUUUGUUAUUUCUCAAAUGUUUUGGUUGCUACCGAAAGAUGUUUACCAUUAUAUGCCUGGAGUAUUUUAAUGUUCAUCAUAUGCCCAGAUCAAUUGUUUCUUUCUACUUGGAUGUUCAUUCCCAGCAAUUACUUGGGUGUCAAAAUUGUGCUAACAGGACUAUUUUAAACUCUUACCUUACAGAUUUAUUUUCUGCAUAAUGUUGAUAUUCCUUUUUUGGAUAGCUAUAAAUUUCUUAUUAUGGCGGCUAGUGUAUGAUCGACUAUGGCGAUUUUUUUGUCACCUUCCUGAACAUUUGCUAUGAAAGCAGGCUGACAUUAUGGUUGUAGAAUCUUAUACUUUGGUUAGAGCUGUACUAGCGGAGAUAUCAAAGAUUAUUAGAGCAUAUAUGUCCUGACACGCUACUCUAUUUAGUAACUCGGCAGAAUCUUGUUUGCCACAUUAGUUUCCUCAAGAUGUUAGUGUCAGAUGUUGCUGUUACGAGUCAAUUAUUAUGGCCUUAAGAAGCUCAAUUUUUCCCCCUUUUGCCUACCGCAAGGUGUAUAUUGUGGCUUAUGGACCAAUAAACUGAAUUAGCUAUUCUAUACAUGGUGAAUUCGCUGUGUGCUUCUGCACACCACCUGCCUAUAGUUUGGCUGAUCUAUUUGUUUCUGGUGCAAAUUUCCGUCCCUAAGUUCAUUAUUUUCCAUUAUGAAAGGAUACUCCUGAAAUAUUGUUGGGAGAGAAGUACUGAUGUGGUGCACCGAUGUCUUAUUGGGCAAGACAAGAUCAAAGUUUGAGGCAUGGUCGCUCCUUCGAAACAAAGUUUUUGUUUGUUUUCCUUUGAUGACCACUGAGCCGGGCGGGAACUGCGAAUUAGGUCAGGUCAGGAAUUCAGUAUGGAAGUCACAAUGCCAGGUGACCAAGACACAUGAGCCACAGAGGAGCUCACCGAGAUUUGUGUCGCAACUGCCGCUGCUACUGACGCCAUCAGCACGUGCAGUGCCGACACUAAUGCAGACAUGAGGAGCUUCUGGUGUUGCACAAUUGGCUGAUGAAGGACAACCUGCAAGCCCCUCCGUUUCCUGGAUGAACCAUUGAGGUAGCCACAUUGCUUUACAGACAACUUCUAAAUUGAUGACUGUUCGCUGUAAGUUGUUUCAAUGUGAGAAUUUAGCCAAACUUGCAGUAUCUCUGAUUUACUAUCACCACCAUAAAAAGGCAAACAACAUAUGUACCGAGUCGCGUUCUACACUUCUACUUCAGGUUGCCAUCAAAAUGAAUGCUACUAUCAUCUGUAUUUUGGUACCAUGGACAAGUGUUACAUGGCAUCAGACAUGCCUCCGUGACCGCAAAUCCAUUUAAUGUGUAAUGGACCAGAACCAGCUAGAUUCUCUACUGCAAAGACAUCCAUUCUACUAUGCAAUGAUAUCUUUUUUGCACCA